AAUCACUGUACGGGUACAGUAACACCAAUACUGUAGAGGAGCUGCGCCCGUCUGGAAUUAGGUUAGCAGGAUGGUAGUUGGGUGCCGUGCUAGACGGAUGCGGUGGCGAGCCCACCGGAGAGCAAUUUGGCAGGGAUGAUGAAAGAUCGGGAGUGUCCCAUCGGAGUGGCAGAACUGUGCGGAAACUCGGGAAUGCUGAGAACCGAGAGGAAGGAAGGCAUGCGAUCGACGAGAAGGGGGACAGAAUACCGACCCGAUCCGGGCCCCGAUUGAAUUGCUUUGUGCGUCUCAGAAGGCACUCCGGUCCCGUGAUUCCCCUCCCCAACCCUAGACUUCCCAAAUCCGCCCCCGAUUCGCCUGCUGCAUCUCGCCGGAACUCCUCCGGUGCAUCUAGUCCCCGUAGUGCCCCCCUCCCCGUCAAACCGCGCCACUCUCCUUUGCAAGGCGCGCAGAAUUAGUUGCAAGAUGACGGCCAAGGCCCGGAGAAAAGAGGGGGGUACUGAGUUAAGUUCUUCAAGUGGGAGCAGUGGCCAAAAACCAGAAGGUAGAGCGUCCAAACGCCAGACACUAGUGAAGCUCCGGACAUUAAGGACUUCAGGCGUGCGUAAUCGCAAAAAACCAGGGAGUAACAGCCAAAAACCAGAAGACUAUUACAGUGGUUACAACAUAGCCGUCAGACGCAUAUUAAAAUUUCAUGCAUGUCAGAAGGCGGCGUCUGAUGCCGUGAAAAAAGAAUGUGAUGAUGAGGAGGAACAUUAUGGCCGACUCCGUGAUCCGGUUGUUCACAGUGCUUUUGAAGAGAGGCAAUUUGGCGAUCUAAUCACACGCGGUUGUGCCUCUCGAUAUAUUCCAUGCAGUGUCGUCUCGGUUGCCUUGUUUGAUGGAGAUACCAUGUUAUUUGCAUGCUCAGGCAUACCUCUACCACCAGGGAGAAGUAAACUUGAACUUACUAGAUAUGUGACUUCAGCACGUUUGGCUGUAGAAUAUGAGUGCAAAAGAUACAGAGAUGACAAAUUGAGGAUUAAUGUGCGCCUUCCGAAUGAUCGAGAAAAGGGUGGGUUCUUAGAGCUAUGUAAUCACCACAUUGCUAUUGUCACUUUGCUGGAUCGCCAAGCUGGCCAUCCUUUGGAUAUGGAGCACCUGGCAGGAUUUCCCUCCGAGGAUGAUGAGAUGCUAGCUGCUGGGCGUGCCUUCGAGUCGGGCUGUUUUAUGGCUGCAAAGGUAAAGCUUGCGACUUAUGGUGAGGAAGGUCAGUUUUACCCAUCUAGACUUGACCUCGACCUACCGAUCUCUGAGAAACGUCUCAGCUUGUGGAAACCCGUCAGCAGCUAUGAAGGUCGCCCAGUGGCUCUACUUGGAGGGCCAGUGUUUGGAAAAGAUAACAGGAUUAUCGGAAUGAACAUUGACGUUGACACUGAUGGUGCAUAUGUAUCGUUUCUACCACUGGAACUACUGUGUAUAUACUUGAAGCAUUUUCAGAUACUCAAUCCUAAAGAACUCCACUUCCGUCGAUAUUCAAAGCCUGACCAUGUAUCCACCAUAACCCCUUCAGGAUUUAUGUGCAAAAUUUACCGUCUUAGACACCUUGGCUAUCCCAUGCCACCACCAAUUAUGCUCGAAUUAAACGGGAAAUUGCUUAAUCAAUUUGAAGCUCUCUUUGGUGACGUACGUGCAUGGAAAGGGUAUCCUUUUGGUUCACCCAAUCAUUGUGAUGAGCCUGUCUGGAGGCAUCUUCGAAAAGAUGUUGUGAAAGAUAUAUCCCGUCGUGUUGUCUCAGUUGCUUCAUUCCAUGGAUACGAAAGGUAUUUUGCGUGCACAGGCUUACUUAUAAAGUGGCAUCAACACACUGUUGUUCUCACUUCGGCCAGUUUGGUUAGGAGCUGUAAUGAUGAAGAAAUUUAUGAAGACGAAAUUGAUAAAGGCUUGAAGAUUGAGGUGUUCCUCCCACCAAAGCAACGUGCCUGUGGGAAAUUGGAAUUGUAUAGUUUAAAAUAUAAUAUUGCUAUCGUUAGUUUCGAGAAGAAAUUCAUUUCUGUUUGUCCAGAAAACAUUUCCCGCAAGUCUCCGAAGUCGUCUGGAAAAGUAGUAGCCGUGGGGAGUGAACCUAUAGAUGGACUAUUAAUGGCCUCAAUUGGUGAUGUGAAGCCUAGAGACAAGGGUUGCAAACUUGACUGCAAAGAUCUUAAGGUGUCCACUUGUAAGAUCAAGAAGGCUGGAAUUGGAGGUCCUCUGAUUAAUCUUGAUGGGAGUUUUGUUGGCAUGAACUUUUUUGAUGGAAGAAUGUUAACUCCUUUCCUGCCAAGGAGUAAGAUUGUCCAAGUUUUAAGAUCAAAGAUUAAUCUGCCACUUCCAUCGGAACGGGGGGUUGAUGCUCUUGUGCACUUAAAAGGUGCCCCGGGAGGAAACAGUUAUAGGUGGCCUGUGCCCGAGCCAUAUUGGUAUCAUGGUCUACUUGAUGUGGAUAAGGCUGAACACAAGCAUAUCGGAAGGAAACUCCAAUAGAAGUCAUCAUGCCAUUGUGUUUGGUCCUUGCUCUGGUAUUUUAAGUAAUGUCAAGCAAGACUAGUACUAUCCGUUGUCUAAUGGUUGUCCUUGUUCUGCUAGCACACAUCUAGCAAGUGUCAACAGACAAACUGUUAUUGUCUUAUGGUAGUCUUUGUUUAGUAAUGUAGCAACUAUUAGUUUCUUAUUGAUUAUUGAUGUCCUUGUUAAGUUAAUGUAGCAAGUGCCACUAUUAUUUUAUUGUCU